AGCACUAAAUCGGUUGAGCAUUUAUGCCCAUAAUGCAGAUCAAACGGUAUUUUUGUUAGCUCUUAUUCAUUGGGUCAUCUGGCUCCCAAUCCUGUAUCCUGUCACACCAUAUAGCACCUCUCUGAGUAGCGGCUGGUAACAGGCCACGCCUCUUCAGCUCAGUUCGCACCCCCACACAUCAAACCACCAAACCCAACAACCCCCGUCUCUCUCUCUCUCUCUCUCUCUCUCACACACACACACACACACACUUCAAUCUUCUAUUACCGAACAUGGCGAUGAAGUUGAAAUUGAACCCAACGAUUGAAAUCAACAAGCUGAAGUUCACAUACCCAGGAAUCGAUGGCCACCCUCCACCUGGGUCCUCCCCUCUUAUCGACGAUUUCUCUCUGACUCUCAACACCACCGAUCGCUGCCUUCUCGUUGGAUCUAACGGUGCCGGGAAAACAACAAUUCUGAAGAUUUUGGGAGGGAAGCAUAUGGUGGAGCCCGACAUGGUCCGCGUGCUUGGGAGAUCGGCCUUUCACGACACGGCUCUGACAUCUUCCGGUGAUCUAUGCUAUCUCGGAGGAGAGGUUUGUUUGUUUGGUGGGAAACUUUUAUUCACACCCCGGUAAUUAGGUCUAAAUUCAGUUGCACCCCCAUCCUGAUUCUGAAAUUUUCGCUGUCACCGGUCAGUGACACCGGUGAAACUUUACUGUCACUGGUCAGUGUGUUUGUCGGAUUAAUUUAUAGAAAUAUCAUAUGGUAAAUUUUAUUCACAUCCCUUAUAAAUAUAUAAAUAUGUAGACAUAAUUUCAACGACACUCCCAUAAAUAAACCUGUCUUUAAUAAUAUUCCAUCU